AUGGACGACGACGAGGCCCUGUCGCCCCGGCAGCCUGCGCCGUCGAUCGAACGGGCCAUGGAGCCGGACGGCCCGGUCAACAACCGACUUAGCCAUCUCAACUUGCGCGCCGAUCCCGAUGCCCAGGCCACCGUGUCCGACUUCCUCGACUUUACCGAAUACCUGCCCGCCGACAUCACGCGCUCCCUCACCCUCAUCGGCAACCUAGGCGAGACCUACGCGGACAGCUCCUCCAAUGUCCAUCAACUCACCACACUCUGGGGCCGGUUACCCACCAUCCCUUCGACCGACAAGACGCGCCCAGUUGCGCUCCGCGCCGAGAUCGCAGACGACCUCCACCAUGCGCUGCACUCGCGCGUCUUCUCACUUGCCGAGGCUAGGCGCAUGACCGAGAAUGUCCUCCGCCAUUAUGCGCGCGCCAAGACUAUUCUCGAGAAGCUCACGACGAUGCAAGAAAACUACCCAACCGCCGAGGAGCAAAAGAGUCCGGUCACGGCGGCCAAGUCGCUGCAGCUAUCACGAGCACCCAAGGUGGCACAGCGGGGGGAAGCGCAAAAAGUGCGCCGGCCACGUGUUCCGCGGAUUACAGUGCCCGGAGAGGUGCUAGCACCGUACGACCUGAACUUCGACGCGUAUAGCACAGGGUCCGGGAGCAGCUCCGACGAGGAAGAUGACGACGACGAGGGUCUCACGCCAGCGCCCCAACCGCGCCUGAAAGCAGCGAAGGGGACCUCGAAGGUGCCGAAGCCCGGACGCGGGCCUCGGGCAGCACAUGGAGCAUCCCACGCGCCAGGCACGCCGUUCUUGUCUACGAGCGCUGCGAUGGCGCAACUGGCACCCCCGCCUGCGAACGCCGUCAUCGGUAGCUCCGACGCGCCGUGGGGUCAGCUGACGCCCUAUGAGUUAGCCAGGCUCAGGAAGCGGAUGAAGAAGAACGCGGCGUGGACCCCGAGCGAUACUAUGGUGGCGCGCGAGCUGAACAACCUCGGCCGAGGCGUGGAUGCUUUCCGCGCGGCGAAGAAGAAGGCCGAGGAGGAAGGGCGUGCUUUCGACGGCAAGAUGCCUGAGCCUGACGUCGAUCCCGAUACGGGCCAGACACGGAUGCCCGCGGGAGCUUUGACUUUAGAGGCCUUGGCGUCGGACGACAAGAACCUGAGCAACCGUGGUAUGAAGUUGAACGAGGCUAAGAAACUCAAGAGGGAAUUGCUAGCUAAGAUGGCCGCCGAAGAGGCCGAGGAAUCGGCUAGGAGAUUUGACGCCAUCGCGCGGACCUUGAUGCUAGACCCCAGCCAGGCGAGUGCUCAGGACCAGGCCAAGGCUAAAGCGAAGGCGCAGAAGAAGCGGAAGAGGGAUUCGGCCACCGAAGUAGAUUCGGAAAAGAUGGAGACACCCGAGAGCCAGCCCCAGCGGCCACAGCUGAAGCGUACCAAGACGGAGACUCCAGUUCCUCCUCCGAUUCUCACGCCGGGCGGUUCGCAACUAACCACCCACGAGACCCCAUCGCAACCUACUGCCCAACGGAUCUCCACGGCCGGCUUGCUGCAUUCUACGACGCCUAUCCCCUUGCCCAUCCACGGCCAGGACCAGUCCAUCACGGCCAAGUCUGUCACGUCGGCCACCUCGCCCGAUAGCAGCUACGCGGGACCAUCCGGUGCAUCGGUCUCGGCCUCGACCUCGGCUUCGGCCCCAGCUCCUGUGAAGCUACCCCCGGCUGAGACCCCGAUUCCUCCACCCGUGAUCUCUCCCCGGAAAUCCAUCACCCCUAUUCUCCCACCUACCCGAGAAACCCGCAAGACCCAAGCUGCGCGCGCCCAAGAGGAGGCCCGCGCGACCCAGGCCACGGCCGUCUCGUCUCGGUCAACAAGCCCGACUACCGCUAUCACACCGGCUGGCGCCGAAGCCGCUGCAGCAGAUACAUCUACAUCAGCGCCUACUACGGCCACAACCGCGGCCACAACCACGGCCUCGACUGCUGCUACUACUACUGCAGCACCACAACCCCCCACAAACCGCCGUCCCGGCUCCCGUGGCAAGGCCGCAAGUCAAGAACCGCAGCCUUCCCUAGCCGCAGACCGCCCCCGGCGCACUAGUACCGCCCGGAACACGCCUGCACCCCCGGAGUCCACAACGGCGGCGGCAGCAAACACCCUAACCACCCCCAAUAACACCACCACCGGCCCAUCCCCCAACCACCAACAACUCUCAUCAUCGUCAGCAAUCUCGAGCAUGGUAACAUCCGCUUUGACUGCUAUGGCAGCUACAGCAGCUACGGCGGGGAGUCCCACCGGUCCAGCCGCAACCAACCUAGCAGCAGGAGGAGCAGCAACCCAAGGAACAGCGGGAGCAGGGGCGCUUGCAGCAGCGGGACGUCCUCAAGGGGGACGUCGUGCCAAGCGGCCUGCACCGGGUGUUAUCAGCCGGACUAACAGCGGCGGGAACAGCGCGGUGGGGGCUCGUAAGGCGGCGCCCAGGCGCAAGAGUAGGAGUAAGGGGUCGGCUGCUGCGGCUUCGGCUUCGGCGGCUGCGGCUCGGGCGGCUAAUGCUGCUGGUUCUGGGAACGAUGGGAGUGGGAGUGGAGGUGGUGGUGCUGGGGGUAGUGAUGGGCAAGAUGUGGUGGAGGUGGAUGAUGAGGGGAAUGUGAUUGAUCCGCAGGAGGAGAGGUAUUGUUUGUGUAAUCGGGUGAGUUUUGGGACGAUGAUUCAGUGUGAUAAUGUGGAUUGCAAGCUGGAGUGGUUCCACCUCGAGUGUGUCGGGCUCUCAGAUAUUCCCGCGCGCACCACCAAGUGGUACUGCCCUGACUGCCGGAAGGCGUUGAAUAUCGGCGAGAAGGGGGAAGUUAGCGCGAGGGGGGUCAGGGCUUGA